CGCAGUUCAUGGGCAAUGCCACCCCGCCCAGCUACUCUCCUGCGACCACUCGCUGCCUUGUCCGCUCCUCGUCUAGCAAACCUCAAUGCGCCAUAUGUCUGCCACGCAUGCAUCCGACGCACGGCGCCUGCUCCUCCGCGGCGCAACCAACAAGUUUCCUUCUUCCACGCCUCGACCGCACGAUGCACCGACGGCCUAGUCAACCACUAUGAAACACUGCACUUGACCUCCACUGCCACUGCUUCCGAGAUUAAGCGCCAGUUCUACACGCUCUCCAAGAAGAACCACCCAGACCACAACCGCGACGAUCCCGACGCUUCCACGCGCUUCGUCGCCAUCAGCGAAGCCUACCACGUCCUCUCUGUCCCCGAGAAGCGCGCACAAUACGAUGCGCAACUAGAAUCCUCGCGCCGCCAGUCGCGCUGGGAGCGAAGUGGCAACGACGUUCCCCAAGGGAGCUACAGCUCCGCCGCAUUCGGGUCCCGACCCGCGAGCGGCCUGAAUAAGAAACGCAGCACCUUCCGAGGGCCCCCACCCUCCUUCUACAAGGCCGGGGGCUAUGGCAGCCACGGCGCAAAGAGAGCCGAGUACGCGUAUUCCAACCCACACGGUGAAGGCGCAGGUGGCAAGGAGGCGGGUCAGGACAGCUACGGCGAGUAUGGCGGCUUUGGCCCCGGCCAGCAGAACCAGGGCAACCGCGUCCUCCACUUCAACGACAAGCAGCAUAGAGAGACGCACGAGAACAUACACGAGCAUAUCUGGGCGCGACGGAGACGGUUGCGGCCAACGGUAAAGGUGGAGGAGGAGUGGGAAAAGGGCAACAUGCUCGUCAACUUUAUCGGCGUCUCGAGCGUCAUUGCUCUCAUCGGGCUGACGGUCAGCUUUUUUGGCGAUCGUCAUGACGCGCAGACGAAGCGCAAGGACACUGCUGUUUGAUGUGAUAUACCUAGUAUCAACUGUCCCCCAUUUUUUCAACCGUAUCAAUAUGAAUGCUGUCAUGGUGGCUUCCCUCCAGAAUCCAUGGGUGCCAUGACGUCUUGCCGUAGACCCUGACCCUGACCCCGAUCGCUUACAUGUCAUGUCUUGCAUGUGCGCCGGCAUCUCCCCACAGCCAUUAGUCCCU